UCCGCCCUCGCGGUCGAAUCUCAUGUAUCAGCUCAGCUGUCCCAGCUUGCAAGUGUGCCCCCAAUUCCUCUUCCCACCACCAUCGACAACUACAAGACUUGGACACAGGUUGCGAGUCUGAUGCCUCCCUUGCAAACCAACAAUGUCAAGGCAGACACCAUGGAGAUGGUGGCCGCAGUGAGGGAUGCCAUCAAGACAGAGUCCGACUCCGGGGCCACGAUCCAGAGUCUUGCCGGGCGUGACGCCGCGCUGAGGGUCAUGAUUGUCGGGGAUUCAAUGACCCAAGGCCAAGAAGGGGACUACACCUGGCGCUAUCGAAUUUGGGAGUGGUUCGCGUCCCAAGGCGAGGCGGUUGACUUUGUCGGGCCGUACACCGGGACUGUUCAGCCCGACUCCCCGAGCGCACCGGCUCUGCCCCCCCUCUACGGAUCGAAGGCGGUGCCCGGACAGCCCAAGACGAGCGGUGGAUAUGCCGCGGGGGUUCCCUCCAGCUUUGAUCGGGACCAUUUCGCGGUCUGGGGCCGUGCGGCGGCGGUGGAUAAGGGAUUGAUCUACGAUGUGCUCAGCGCACACUCCGCUGAGCUCAUGUUGCUGAUGCUGGGAUUCAACGACAUGGGUUGGUUCUACAGUGACGCGGCUGGUACCCUGGACAGUAUUCACACUCUGGUCACCAACGCCCGUGCCGUCAAUCCGAACCUGAAGUUCGCCAUCGCCAAUGUACCGCAGCGAAGCUUCAUCGGAGGUCGCGAUGAUCUUCCGAUCAGCACCAAUAUCUACAACGCCCUGCUGCGGAACGCGAUUCCGACUUGGAGCACCGCGGACUUACCCAUUCACCUUGUUGAGCUACAGGAGAAUUACGACUGCGAGCCAAGCGGAUGUCCCGCAGGCUACGAUGGCCUCCAUCCCACUGCGACGGGCGAAUUUCAGAUAGCUCGCGCAUUCAGUCUUACACUGGUAAACGACUUUAAGAUUGGAAGCUCGCCGUUGUCUAUUCCCGGUAGCAUUCCAGGAAGAUCACUUCCAGUGCCGACUAACUUC